AUGAUUUCCACUCAGGCGCAAGCAGCUGCUCGGGCUGCGUAUCGCCAACUAUUUCGUGCAGCCACAGCUACUUUCGCCGGCGAUGAGCCAGUUCUUCAAGCCUUUCGCACCAAGAUGAGGCAAGACGCCCUGGUUGCCAGUAGUGUUACAGACCCUGCGGCAUACGAGCAACAUAAUACCCUUGCCCGCGAAAUCUCCGUUAUUCUCAGGAAAAACAUUGUUCAGGCAUCGAGAACGCAACAGUCUGAUACCUGGACUUUGCGAAUAACCGAAGAUACUGAACUUGGCUCCAACGAUUCCGUCAAGAGUGCUGGUUCGCCGAACACUAAUCAACCAGAGUUUGCAUUUCCCUCAUUUCGCUUAGAAACUCCUGUGCCUGCUCUUGACAAGAAGCCUCGCAUGUUCUAUUCUGCAAUGAAAGUUGCUCAUAGAAAUCGCAUUCUGCCCGAGUUGAGAGAGGAGGAUCUCGAAGAAUCGUUUGUCCGAGGCAGGUUCUCUCAGUUGGUUAAAACACCAUUUUUCAUUCUUUCCGUGAUAGGCAGCGGUCCGGGUGGUCAAUCUGUGAACAAAACUCAAAACAACGUUCAGUUGCUGCAUCGACCAACUGGCAUUCGAGUGACGUGCCACGAGACGCGAUCCUUGGCCAUUAACCGCCGGAAAGCUCGCCAACUCCUUCUUGAAAAGGUUAGUGUGAUGAGAGAAACGCUGGGAAACGCUGACCUUUGGUCAUUGCAGUUGGAUCAACUUCAAAACCCGGGGUUGACGAAAGACGCGAUGGCUCAGGCAAAACAAAGGGAGCGAGAGCGAAGGCGGAAGAAGAAGCGAGUCAAACGAAUGAAGGAGGAUGUCCCCCCAAAGCAGAGCAACGAUCAAACCAAUACCCCCCCACCCCCGCCACCGCCCCCACCACCAGCACCGACUGCACCAGCAACCCCCCAAAGUGUUGUUGCAUUCGACGAACUAGUUAUAGACGGCAAACUCAAACCAUUCAUCGCACUGACGAAGCAACUGGACAGCGCACCUGUCACAGAAAUUGUCGGCAUGUUAGAGAAGCAACUGCAAGGCCUUCGUUCCUUUUUGUUGAUUAGCGGUUCUUGCCAACAACCAGAUGAAGAGGGAUUGAAGAAGUUACUCUCUCCAAUCCAAGCCAGCAUCGAAUCAAUCACUCGAUGCAAGGAUGGAAGAAAGGACAGGCAAUGGGAGCAGCAUAUCAUUAUCGUUGGUGAUGGAGGCCUGGCAGUUGGUUGGAUAGUCAACCCAAAACCCGGCCCAUAUAUUGGUGAAAUCAAAGAGAGUGUGCAGUACAACGGCAACAAGGUUAUCAAGGAGUUUAAAGAAAAAAAUCCAAAGCACGUUGAAUGGGUCAGGUCGUUCAUCGCAAUUCUAGAUGCCAUGCGCUCAAUGGUGUCAGCGUCGCCGAGUUUAGCUCGCAAAGUAGCACCGCGCCUCCUCCGCCCCCCCCCCCCUCCUCCUCCCGCCGCUACGCCCAGUGCUUCAGCAGGCGGAACGGCCGCUGUUUUCGCGCAAUUGAAUCGUGGUGAAGAAGUUACUAAAGGACUUCGAAAGGUCGAUAAGAGCGAAAUGACACACAAGAACCCCGAACUCCGAGCUAACAAUCCCAUCCCAAGCUCAGUAUCUGCCGCUGCUAAGAAACCACUUAAGCCCACGAAACCAUCCUCAUUGAGCACCAAGAAACCCGCCAAGUUCGCGCUGGAAGGCAAAAACUGGGCAAUCGAGCACCAAGAAAACCAAACAUUAACAGUCGAGGAUGGCCAGAUGAAUCAAGCCGUGAACCUUUUUGCCUGCAAGAACUCCACCGUACAAAUUAAGGGGAAGGUCAACGCUGUGACGCUUGGUAAACAUUCCCCUCCACUCCGUCAAGUUUACCAGCAUCUAACGGCGCCCAUAAUGAUAGUCGAUUGCGUCAAGACCUCCGUCCUUGUCGAGUCCGUCGUAGCCUCUGUGUCGAUUACCAACUCGCCCUCGUUCGCAGUUCAGAUUACUGGUUCAGCGCCAAUGGUGCAGGUUGACAAGACAGACUCAGGCCAAAUUUAUCUCUCGAAGGAUAGCCUCGGCGCUGAGAUUACUACUGCCAAGUGCAGUGCGAUCAACGUUAGUUUGCCUGUUGAAGGAGAGGAAAUUGGAGUAUUCCAGGAGCAUGCAGUCCCUGAGAUGUUGAAGACGGUGGUGAAGAAUGGGAAACUGACUACAAUGGUUGUUGAGCAUAUCGGUUAA